GCUCUGUUGGAAAAGAUUCAAGUGUAUCAUUUAGUCUACAGCCAAAAUGGGAAGGCGGACAAUAUCUCUUUUGCGAGUGAUCGAUGUGGAUAAACGGAGAAUUCCAGAUAAACAUUAUGUAUAUGUCAUACAAGUUACCUGGUCUGACGGCAUCACAAACAUUGUCUACAGGCGUUAUAGCAAGUUCUUUGAUUUUCAGACCAAGUUACUUGACAAAUUCCCAAUAGAAGCAGGAUUAGUGGAUCCAUCUCAACGCAUGAUCCCAUUUCUACCAGGUAAAAUACUUUUUGGCAGAAGUCAAAUAAGAAGAGUUGCAGAGGAAAGACAAAAAGAGAUAGACGCUUACUGUCAGGCCCUCAUUAAACUGCCUACUAAUAUAUCAGAAUGUGACGAUGUCCUCAAUUUCUUCACAACAAAACCUGAGGAUAUCAACCCUGUGUUAAGAAAGCCAUCGAAAAAGAAAGAAAUUGAGCACAUAUCUGAGCCUUUGGCUCUUGAUCAAUACAUUGCUGUUGCUAAGUAUGACAGACAACAAAGCAACGAAGUUUCACUAAAAGCAGGAAUGGCAGUGGAGGUGGUGGAGAGAAAUGAAACUGGCUGGUGGUUUGUUGUUGCGGAUGAGGAACAAGGAUGGGCACCAUGCUCAUAUCUUGAGAAGGAAGAUGGGACAAAGGAAAAUGGUGUCAAACUUCGACCAGGAAAAGAAGAGAGGUAUGUGUGCAACCAUGCAUACAGUCCCAUGAAUGAUGAUGAGAUACAGCUUCAUGUAGGCCUUGUAUUGGAGGUCAUAGAGAAAAACCCUGAUGGAUGGUGGAAAGCUAGACAUGGGACCUCAAAAGGGUGGGUACCGGCAGCUUAUUUAGACAAGGCAGAUUCGCAACAGGCUAGAGUUAUAUCUAUGAUAGUGGAUGGUCCUGUUGAGCACAUACAGACACCUUUAGAUGCUAGCUCUAUGAAGCCUAAAGUACGACCAAAGACUACAACACCAAGUUCAACCACCACACAAGGGAACAUGGCUUUACAUAUAAGCCCCAAGCUGGGAAGACAACAGCUGCCCCCAAGGAAGAACUCUGUGAAAGCAGUCUCAGCUAAGUGUAAAGCCAAACCACCCAGACCCCAACCCCCAAAUGUAGCUCCUCACACAAAGACCACUGCAGACUUCCAGUCUAAUAUACAAGAUGGCAUAAGUUUCCGUAAAGGCCAAAAUGUAAAGGUGUUACAACGCAGCAGUAAAGGCUGGUGGUAUGUUGACAUAGAAGGAGAACAAGGAUGGGCACCCACUCAUUUCAUAGAAUGUCAUGAUAAACAGGACCAGAAAUCAGUCCCAAUACAAAGUGGUAGCAAUCAGCCACAAACUACUGGUAGAUCCACAUCAUCACAAGCAGUCUCAAAAAGCAUCAACAAACUUCAGAAAACAGGCAAUUCAAACCAAACAAGACGACAAAAUACGGAGGCCAGUAAGCUUGCACCAGCAUCUAAAAUUGCAGCUGUGUUUGAACAGAGCAGGUCCAAUGAAGCUAAAGGUGGGCAUAAGCUGAAGAGAAAACCGACAAGACCUAGUCCACCAAAACUGAAGGGAACACCAUUGGGUCCACCCAAACCACAAAGGGGAACAAUUAACGUGCAAUAUGAAGACGAUGAUGACAGUGAAUGGGAUAGCGAUGGUGACGUUAAUGAAUAUGAAAAUAUAGAUGAUUCUUGGAUUGACCAAGUGCCAAAUGCAAAGGAUACUCCUGUUGAGGAUAGUAUUCAAAUUAUGGCUAAUGUGAUACAUGAUUUUGAAGCUGCGAGUAAAACUGAGAUUAGUGUAAAGAAGGGUUCGGUAGUUGAGGUGCUUGACAUGAAUAAUCAACAUUGGUGGUUAGUUAAAACCAACAAUGAGGAAGGAUGGGUGUCUAGGGAUUAUCUACUACUUAAGCAACUCAAAGGUACUCAAGCCAAUAAAGAUAAUGAUGAUAAUAUCUACCAGAAUGCCUCUGUGUUCAGGAAGCCUAGCUUGCCAGCAAAACCAAAACAUGUCAUUUCUAAAAAACUAGGAAUUCGAACUGAUGUUGCGAUCAAAAAUAUUCCUAUGAAAUCUCCACGUUUGAAGAGUUCACCUUGGAGUGAAUAUAAAUCAGGGAAGUCAGCUUCCAUGGAACGUGGAGUUAAACUACGCAGUGCAAGUCACACAUCAACUGAUAGUUCUAAAGGUAACAUGACAAAGCCAGAGACUGUUGGGAAUGGGGUAGUGAAUUUAAAUAGAUCAGCUCCUAAAACAAACAAUUCUCAUGUUAGUCAGAAUUGCCAGCAGAAUGAACUCAGUCAAAUAUUAAGAAAGAUGGGAAGAAGUAAAAUUGAAUGAGGACUUUAUAUGAGGUCAUUUAUAUUACACUGGAACAAUGGCAUUUGCUUUCAUUUUGAGAGAUAUCAUUUUUAAUCAGAAGUCAAUGUCAGUAUCUGCAUGUCAGUAAAAAUCUUUAUAAAGCUCCUUAGUAAUUAGAGAGAUUUCACAAUUCACUUAAAGCGAGUUCAUUAUUCCCUUACAACCCAUAACUUAUGAAGCGUUUGAUUA